AUGGAGUGUAACGCGGAUGCAACGAUGGAGGUAGUGUCCUCGAAGUCUGCAUUGAAAAAACUGGCGAAGGAAAAGAAGUUAGCUAAAUUCGAGGCUAAGAAGGAAAAACUGACCUCAGACCCUUCUAAGAAGUCGGAAAAGAAGAAAAAGGCUAAAAAAGAAGAGGUUGUUCAAAGUGCUGUAAUAGACGCAUCUGGCAAAAAAGACACUUCUGGUGAAAUGCCUGAAUCUUAUUCGCCGAAGUAUGUUGAAGCUAUCUGGUACGACUGGUGGGACAGUAAUGGAUUUUUCAAACCAGAGUCUCAGGCUAAUUCUUCAGAGAAAUUUGUCAUGGUAAUACCUCCACCAAAUGUCACAGGCGUUUUACAUUUAGGCCAUGCGUUGACUAAUAGUGUUGAAGACGCUAUUGCACGGUGGCAUCGAAUGAAUGGCAAAAAGACAGUAUGGGUUCCUGGAUGCGACCAUGCUGGCAUUGCUACACAGGUGGUUGUAGAGAAAAAGUUAUGGAGAGAGAAACAGCUAACUCGACAUGAUAUUGGACGUGAAGAAUUUGUGAAACAGAUAUGGCAAUGGAAAGAAGAGAAAGGUGAUCGAAUUUACCAACAACUCAGGGCACUCGGAAGUUCUUGUGAUUGGUCCCGGGCUAGAUUUACUAUGGACCCAUCAAUGUGUAAGGCUGUCACGGAAGCAUUUGUACGAUUAUUCGAUGAAGGCCUUAUCUACCGAAGCCUUAGAUUGGUAAAUUGGUCGUGUGCUUUACGUUCUGCUAUAUCAGAUAUUGAAGUAGAUAAACGAGAACUUCCUGGACGUACACUGAUACGUGUUCCAGGAUAUGAUAAACCGGUGGUCUUUGGAGUGAUAACAUCCUUUGCUUAUCCACUUUUGCCUGAUUCUAGCACAGGUGAUUGCAAAGAAACUGAAAUUGUUGUUGCAACUACCCGACUUGAAACAAUGCUAGGCGAUACAGGUGUAGCUGUCCAUCCUGAUGAUACACGUUAUAAGCAUUUAAUUGGUCGGUUUAUUCAACAUCCAUUAAUCCCAGAGAGAAUAAUUCCUAUUGUCGCUGAUUCAUUUGUUGAUCCAAAUUUUGGAACUGGUGCUGUGAAACUGACACCUGCACAUGAUCAUAAUGAUUGGGAAGCAGGUAAAAGGCAUUCACUGCCGACUAUAACUGUAAUUGGCGAAGAUGGGCUGAUGACAUCAGAGGCCGGUCCUAAAUUCAAAGGACUGCCAAGAUUCGCUGCUCGAGAAGCAGUGCGUAAAGCUCUGGAUGAAUUAGGUCUUUAUAGAGGUGAGAAGGACAAUCCUAUGGUAGUGCCUAUAUGUUCGCGUAGCAAGGAUAUUGUUGAACCCUUGUUGAAACCUCAAUGGUAUCUUCGUUGUCAGGAUAUGGCUAAUCAAGCUGUGAAAGAGGUAGCUGAGGGUCGUUUACGUAUUAUUCCAAGUUAUCAUAUUCGUACGUGGAAUAAUUGGCUUGAAGAUUGUCAUGACUGGUGCAUUUCUCGACAACUUUGGUGGGGUCAUCGUAUACCAGCCUAUCAUGUUUCUAUUCGUCGAGAUGGUGGCAGUCAAGGUAAUGUGGAGGUGUUAAAUCCUUCAGAUCAUAAUUCUUGGGUUGUUGGUCGAACAUUGGAUGAAGCAGUCGAGAAAGCGUGUAGCAAAUUCAAUUGUUCACCAGAUUGUCUAAUUCUUGAACAAGACAGUGAUGUACUAGAUACUUGGUUUUCAUCCCAACUGUUCCCAUUCUCUGUAUUCGGUUGGCCAGAUCAAACAGCUGAUUUAAAAGCUUAUUAUCCAGGCAGUCUAUUGGAGACUGGUCAUGAUAUCCUCUUCUUUUGGGUUGCACGUAUGGUUAUGAUUGGUUUGAAAUUAAUGGGUCAGUUGCCUUUUCAUACUGUUUACCUGCAUGCUAUGGUACGUGAUGCACACGGGAAAAAAAUGAGUAAAUCUUUAGGCAAUGCAAUUGAUCCAGUGGAUGUUAUCAAUGGAAUACCAUUGGAGGAUUUACAAAAGCAAUUGGAAGAAGGCAAUCUAGAUCCGAAUGAGUUAGUACGUGCACGUCAAGCUCAAGCGAAAGACUUCCCUAAAGGUAUACCUGAAUGCGGUACUGAUGCAUUGAGAUUCGCUUUAUGCGCGUAUACAUCACAAGGCAGAAAUAUUAAUUUGGAUAUUAUGCGUGUACAAGGUUAUCGAUUCUUCUGUAAUAAACUAUGGAAUGCUGUACGUUAUGCAUUAUUCUACUGUUUAGACAAAGAAUUUAUUCCACCCGAUAUGACUGAUUUGAAUGGUUUAUUCAAACAAUUGCAUUCACAUCCUCUCUUGUCGGGUACUGAUCGUUGGAUACUUUCAAGGCUAGCCUAUUGUGUUAUGCAGUGUAAUACAGGAUUUGCAGACUUUCAGUUUUCUAGUGUUACAACUGCAUGUUAUAAUUUUUGGCUGUAUGAAUUAUGUGAUGUCUAUUUGGAAUAUACAAAGCCUAUAACUAAAUCAAAACAGACAACUACGAUGACAUCAGACUCGACGGGUGGAGACAAUGAACGUAUUAAACUUGUUCGUCAAAUACUCUAUGUUUGUUUCAAUAUUGGCCUACGUGUGCUACACCCGUUUAUGCCAUUUAUAACUGAAGAAUUAUAUCAACGUUUGCCUAGACAAAAGGAUCAUUUAAUGAUGAUGAAUACAACUCCGGAUAGUUUAUGUAUUACACCUUAUCCAAAAUCGAAUGAUAUUAGUAUAUUGAAUGAUGCAGAUGGUGUUGAAACAGAUUUUCGUCUUGUCCUGAAUAUUAUUCAUCGUGUUCGUGCUCUGUUAUCCGCUUGUCAUAUCCCAAUGUCUCUUGCUAAUCGUCAACCCUUGAGUGUAAAAUUUGUUGCACCGGAAACUGUAUUAUCCAUGCUUAAUAAUGGACAAUAUGUUAAAGAUGUGAUUGAACCAUUGGGUCGAUGUUGUGUUAUACAAAUGGUUUGUGAUCGUAAACAACUUGAUACUACUGGAUGUGUAAGUGGUACAGUUUCAGCGAGUGAUAUUCACUGGGAAAAUGAUGAAUUAACUGAUAAUCCUGAAUUACUCGAUGAAGAUGUGUUAUGCAAUGGUGAAGUUAACGUGAACACCGCCACCUCCACCUCUGCUGCCGUAGAACAAAAGCAAUCAAUUAUCCCAGCUACCUGUCAGCUAUUUUUAUAUGUUGCUGGUUUAAUUGAUGUCUCACUGGAGCAGAAACGUUGUCAAGAUCGUCUCACAGAAUUGACUUCCUCUAUCGAAAGUUUGGAGAAGAAACGUGCACAACCAGCGUAUUCUGAGAAAGUCCCCUUGAAAACUCAACGAAUGGAUGAGAAAAAAUUGUAUGAAUUGAAUAUUGAAUUAGAAAGCCUGAAAGAGGUGCUUUCUAAUCUGCAAGAAAUUAAACAAGACAAUUCAAGCGAUUCAAAGCAGGCUGAUAGUCAGCUGCUUAACGCACUGUCUGUUUAUCUCAGCGUGCAGUGUUCAACACAGUCAAUAAAUGCUACAACAGAUUUAGAGGCUAAAAUUGAAAGUAUUCUAACUGAUACAUUGAAAGGAGGUGAACAGGCAUUACAACGUGCUAAAGUUAAACAAUGGCUUUCUUGGAGUAUUCGACUAUUACCCGACACCUCCGCUAACAAUGAGGAUAAAAUCGAUUCAAAGAAGGCGCAUGUUUAUAGAAAAACUGUUGAAAACUGUCUGGCAAAUGAUCGUCUACUCUUUUUAACGGGAACAAAUCAGCCUACUAUUGCAGAUAUAGCAGUUGGCUAUACGCUUACACAGUAUAAAGAUUAUUCUCAUUGGAUUUCUUCCGGUGCCAGCAAGUCUACAAUUGAAUGGUUAAAUAGACUGAAGAGUUAUUUCAAUGCCUCGAAAGAAAUGACAUCACUUUUCCAAUAA